CAUUUUUGUCAUUUCGCUGACGACUGUGACACUUGACAUUUUAUUCGUUCGUAAAUAGGCCAUCAGAAAAUAAGGGGAAAAAUAUUAAAAUAAUUUCUUUCAAAAUCAACCCUGCUACAAAUUAUUAAUCAGGAUUCGAAGACUUUAUCUCAUACUGAUACGACUUAAUUUUAUUUUAAUUAUGAAUGAGGAAGAGCUGAAAGUUUGUAGACUAUGUUUGAGGCUUCUUUUCAAGGAGAAAUUUUUCGAUAUCAAUUAUGUUGAACCGAUUUCUGGAUUCAUGCCGUUCCGAGAUCAGAUCACAACUUGUAUGCCUGAGCUUGCCCUAGAUAUUCUGCCAGAAUGUUUUAUAUGCCUGAAUUGUGCAGAUUCUUUGAAGGCUGCAUACGAGUUCAAAAAUAAUUGUUUAAUGAUCGAGGAAAGGAUCAAACAGUACUUUGACUCCUUGUCUCCUGAUAGCAGUUGUGAAUUGUUGAGUCUUUCCAAAUUCGCAAGACACAAAUCGGAGGAAGAAAAUUUGAGUGAAAACGAGAAUAAUAUUUCUCUCGAUUUAGAAAUUCCAUGUGCGGAAGUGAGAGAACAAAAUAUAGAAGAAGUAGACCUAACAGCGGUUGAACCUAGUAACGCUGAAGAAUCAUUUUCCUUGCCAUCGUUUGUGUGUUCGAUUUGUCAGGAUAUUUUUAGGACAACUAGAGAAUUGGUUAAGCAUAAGAAAACUACUCACUGUUCUCCGUUUGUCUGUAAUUUUUGUAAUCAAGAAUUUAGAAGUCUUUUUUUAUUAAGGCAGCAUAAUACUCUUUGUAAAGACAAAGAAUCUAAAAUACCUUGGGGUAAAGCCUCGCAAAAAAGACCUCAUCUACCAGCUAAAGCCAAAAAUCAUCUCACAGAAUGGCUUUUCCACCACCAACAGCACCCAUAUCCUACGGAUUACGAGAAACAAUGUCUGAUGAAAGAGACAAAUCUGACACUCGUCCAAGUUGAAAAUUGGUUUAUAAACGCAAGACGUAGAGUGCUUUUAGAUUUUUCCAGAAGAAGAAGAUACAUCAGUAAGAUCAAACCUCCGACCAGUGAAUCUCAAGUGUUGUCUUGAAUUUGUUGAUCAAAUUUCGGUUCUGUAAUAAUUUCUACGGAUUUACGAUAUUUCGAUAUUUUACUUACUAGUUUAAGAUUAAACGAUUGUUUUAAAUAUGAUUAUGUGAGAAGAAACGAAUGAGACGAGUUGUAAAUAUAUUAACUGUUAUUUCUCUUAUUAACUUUGGUUGUUGAUGAUGGGUUUAAAACUUUUUUAGUAGACAAUUGGCUGUCUUCGUGUUCUCAUUCGAAAUCGAUUGAAAUUAUGUUGUAGUUUUCGCUGAUAUUCCAUUCUUUUCUUCCAGUUGUUGAUUAUAAUUUGAAAAUUUAAAAAUGAAUCAUUUUUCAUGUCUUGAGAUACUUGGCCGUACUAAGAAUUUAAUACUUGUUGAUCCUAAACGGUUUUUAAUUUAUUUUUGAUAUGUUUAAGUUUAUAAAAUUUCCCAUAUUCCCUUAGUAUAAAAGAGUACUACUUUUCUUUGUAUAUAUAACUUUUGAAUUGUUUAUCUUGUUAUUAUAUUGAUAUCGUACAAAUUUAUAAUUUAGUUUUUAUGUACGGAAUAUUUUUUUAUAAGGAAUGUUAUACUUUGGCAAUUCAAUCUGAUUAAAAAUAAAGAAACUUUUUAAUAGA